AUGGCUGACGAAUUUUUCGAUUCUUGGCCGGUCCGGUUUUCAUUAAUACUGCUGGGAUAUGGAUCAGUUUUACUUCCCGGAUAUCUGUUGAUUCGUUGGGUUGAGAAGUAUGAGAAAGGUGAGCGUUUUUGUUAUUUUUUGAAUUACAGUUUUAGUGAACAGUCAUCAUGGUGGAGAGAGUGGAAACAGGUCAUUAUGGAGGCUGUUUCUCCGGCGAUUUGCUGUUGGACGUCCCGAAAUUAUUGGAUCAACUCUUGUCACACAUGAGAAGCCGGCACAACCAAAAAAGACAUUGUCUUUUGUGGAACAUGCGACCCAGCUAUUUGGAUUUUUCGUCGGAAUACAGGUAAAGUACAAGCCGUUCUUUUGAUGUUCUUGAAAAUGAAGUCUAAGGUAAUCUGAGUUUCUUUUAGAUCACUCUGGUGUCUAUGGGCUUCUUUCAAGAGCGAAUUAUGACUCAAAAAUACGAUAGAAUAAUAAAUCAAGGUGAAGAGAUUGAACAGGACCACUUCACAGACGCCCAGUUCCUCGUGUUGGCAAAUCGAGUGGUCGCAUUAGCCGUUGCUGUGUCCUAUUUGUGGUGGGAUUGGAAAAAGUGAGAGAUUUGGACAGGAAAUAAUGCUGCUUUAAGUAUCAAGUUUAAAUUUUUUUUUUCAGUCAACCUCCGCACGCCCCUCCAUUGUAUAUGUAUGCAUUUUGUUCCAUUUCCAAUACUUUAUCCUCUUAUUGCCAAUAUGAGGCACUAAAGUUUGUUUCAUUUCCUACUCAAACGUUUUGCAAAGCCUCCAAAUUGAUUCCAACGAUGAUUAUGGGAAGAAUCCUGAGAAAAGAACGGUUUUCCCGAGGAGAAUGUCUGACGGCGACGUUGUUGGUAAUCGGGGCGGCUUUGUUCUUCUACUCCACCAUAUCAGACUCCGGGAAAGGCAGUUUAACAGAGCAGAAAGCAAUGUUUUGGGCUGCUGUGAGUGGGUCAAUACUGAUGAUAGGGUACCUUGCGUUUGACGCAUUCACACCUAAUUGGCAAAAGAAAUUGUUUGAGAUCAAACCUAAGAUUAGUAGAAUUCAAGUAAGUGAUUUUUCUCAAGAUUUUGGUAUUUUUUGCGUCGUAUAAUAUAAAGUAUCAAGUGUAAUAUGAAAUUUCUUUCAGAUGAUGAUGGGCGUCAAUGUAUUCAGCGCCAUUUUGUGUCUGGUAUCACUUCUGGAGCAGAAUUCGCUUUUCCCAUCCAUCAACUUCCUCCUCACUCACAAUCGGAUAACUUUUGAUGUUUUCCUCCUCUCAUUUUGUGGUGCUCUCUCUCAAUUCUUCAUUUAUGCGAUCGUCGAACGCUUUGGACCUUCCGUUUUGGCCCUUAUCAUGACAAUCCGGCAAUUCUCGUCCAUCUUAUUAUCCUCCGCUUACUUCAAACACUCUUUGAAUGCGAUUGGACUUCUCGGGUUAUUCAUCGCCUUCUCCGCAUUGUGCUUUAACAUUUACUACAACUAUCGAAAAAAGACAAUCAAACCGAGUAAAACUUCCAAAUAA